GGGAGAGAGAUGGCAGAUACUGGGAGUUCGAUCACGGACGAUCCCUACGCCGUUUUCCAGGUCGUUUUAAAUCCAGACGGUACACUCACCCGAACCACCAUCUUCCCUUUAUGUCCUCCACGAGCUGAAGCCGAACAACCCCACCACGUUUUAUCCAAAGACGUAACUCUCAAUCCUUCCAAGAAGACGUGGAUUCGGAUAUUUCGCCCCCAUUUUUCGACACCAACGGCCCAUCUUCCCAUCAUCAUCGACUUCCACGGUGGCGCUUUCAUCCGCCACAGCGCUGCAUCUGCUCCCUUCCACGCGUCAUGCGAGCGCAUGGCCACUCACGUGCCCGCCAUCGUUCUCUCGGUCGAGUACCGACUCGCGCCCGAGUACCGUCUCCCCGCCGCGUACGAUGAUGCUAUCGAUGCCGUCCGUUGGGUCCGAGACCAGGCCAUCUCCAAUCUCCACCGCGACACGUGGAUGACACCCGAUCUCGCCGAUUUCUCCCGUUGUUUUCUCAUGGGUAGCAGCUCCGGCGGUAACAUCGCCUACCACGCGGCCCUGCUGGCGUUGGAUCUGGACCCUCCGUUCAAGAUCGCUGGAGUGAUCCUGAACGAGCCCUGCUUCGGUGGGGAGCAGAGGACAGAAUCGGAGCUGAGGUUGGCCCAGGAUCGAAUCGCACCCCUCCAUGCCAACGACCUGAUGUGGCAACUGGCAUUGCCGGGUGGGGCAAACAGGGACCACGAGUUCUGCAACCCGAUUACGCCCGGGUCCCACCACGAUCGGGUCGGGUCGCUACCGCCGUGCUUGGUGAGGGUGUACGGCGGGGACCCGCUCGUGGACCGCGAGCACUCUCUCGUGAGGAUGCUGGAGGGGCGUGGGGUCGACGUGGUGAGCCGGUUCCGUGAGGGAGGGUAUCAUGGCGUUGAGUUCUUUGAUCCGCAGGAGACCCUGGCCUUCUUGACGGACGUCCAGGAUUUCAUUUCGUCAGUCAACGGUGGGCGAUGAGUCUCCCUGC